AUUGAUCAAAUUCGAAAGGUGGACAGGCAUGCGCGUUUUUCUUGUAAAUGGCAAGAGGAUGAUGUUUUACAAAAAUUUGCAAGUGCUUUUCCAUUUUUUUACGGUCUUGUUAUACGUGUACGGUGAAACGUCAAUGAGGAAAAAUGAAAAACGCAUUAGCCUCAGAAACAAUUAUCAGAUGUGCCUCGACGCUUUUAAGAUUCACGAAGAUAAAAUUAUUCGAACGCAGGAGUCCCUAGACAUGGGUGCUAAGUAUUUAAAGGAAUUUGAUGUUAAUUCUAGAGAAGAAUGUUUGAAAUUUUGCUGUGAUACAGAAAGUUGUGACGUGUUUAUUUUCGAAGAAAAGAAGCCUGGAAGUUGUUACCUUUUUCAAUGUGGCCCAUUGCAUGACUUCAAAUGUAAAUUCACAAGUCAUGCUAAUUAUAGUAGUGCAGUACGUAGUAACUACAAUACACAUAGCAAUUCACAAUUGGAGAAGGAAAGUAGGAUUUCUCAACAAGAGCAUGAAUUGAAAUCUCUUAGAAAAUUGGUGGACCCAGCACCAGUAGAAUAUUCUUUCACAGAAUCUCCUAUGAAAUUAAUUGCAACAUUGGCACCAAAAUUACCAUUAACAACCUCUUCACCUAUUAAACAAGUUUGCACUAGGAAUCAGUAUGAAUGUCGUUCAUCAGGAGAUUGUAUAGCAGUAUAUAAUGUAUGUGAUGGUAUACCACAAUGUGCUGAUGGAUCUGAUGAAGCAGCAGAUGCAUGUCCUACAGAAAAACCAACAAUUUUCCCUUCUGUGAUUCAAGGAGCUCAACCACCUCUAUCACCAUAUCAACAGAUGAUUGAUCGACAUAAAUCCUAUGCUCCACUGUAUCCUCAUAUUCCAGAAAUUAAUUCUUGGAAACUGCCUAGUUUAGCUCAGCAAAUGAUUCCACCUCACCUCCUAUAUCCAGCUCGGCAAAUGGAAGGUGCUCCAGGGUAUCAAUGGGAUUAUCAACCCAUGUAUGAUCAAAAUAAAGGCAUUUAUAAUUCUUAUCGCGAGCAGGGCAAUUUAAAUCCUUCUGAACAUCAGCUACAUAUUUUUAAUCAUAAGGGACCUAGUGUAAUAGGGGAAAAAGAAUCUGAUGGUGGUACAUAUUUAGAUGUAAAACAUCCAUAUACAUCGUAUUUUCUAUCAUCGAACAGAGGCCUAUGGCCUAACAACCAAUUUUAUCCAUCUCCAUCUCCAUCUCCAAUAUCGAACGUACAACAAAAACAAAUAAUUGAAACAGAAAAGAAUGUUAUUACAACAACACCUCCUUGUGAUACUUCACAUGAACAAAAAGAUGUUCCAUUAAAAAGUCAAGAAAUUGGAAAAGUCGGUCAGCAAAGGGACGAACGUACACACGAAAAAGAAAUUAGUCAGAAUAAUGAGCAAAAUGUACUAAAAAAUGAAACUCUGAAAUUUAAUCAUGUUCAAGCAAAGGAAACAAAAGAACAUAAAAGUGUGAUAGUUAUAAAACAUCAUAGCAGAGAGCACGGAAGAAAUACCAUAAUUGCGGAGCAUUUGAAACAAGCAAAUGAAAAUGAAGUUUUAAAGCCCAGAGGAGCUGUCAUAUCGCUGGCUUUAGGACUUACAAUAACAGCUAUUACAGCUACAUUAAUUGCUUGCCGAUUGCGAGUUGUCCAAAGACGCGGAAGACGGCACGGACCGUAUGCUCAUGAUGCAGAUUAUUUAGUAAAUGGAAUGUAUCUUUAAGUAAGUAUACAAAUUUCUUUAGUCAAACGAAUCUAGUCAUAUUUUCAUACUAUUGUAAAUGACAACGUAAUAAAAACUAUUUUGUCUUAGUUGUUUUAUUUUUAAACUAAUUGAAAAAUGAACAUGUUUUGAGACAUUCGUAUUUGCUUUGUAUCUAUAAAAUUUGUUUUAUCAUUUUAUGUGUGAUAGAUAUUAUGUAAAAACAAUCGUACUGAAUUUGCGAAUGUGCUGUAAAAUUUAUUUGUUUUCAUGAUGAGUAUUAAAGCGUUUCGUAAAAUAAAUUUUUGUUCGAGUAAUUUAUAUUUAUCAGAUCAUUGUAGAAUAUCUAAUUCGUAUUCGAUCAUCUAACUUAUAAAAUAAUAUUUGGUUUUUGAAAAAUAUUGACAAUACAAAAAGAGAUUAAAAAUUUUUGAAUAGAAUGAGUUCUAAGAUAAAGCGCAAUACGAAAAUUUACUUUGAAAAGAUUUUAAUAGAUUUAACGUUGCAAGCGAACGCAAUAAUUCUAAUUCAUGCAAUUCUUGUUUAAGAAGAGAGAGAACUACCAGCUUAUAACAAAAUUAUAUUUAUAUAUCACUUUUACAACCAUACAAUACAAAGGUAUAUAUGAUUCUUGAUAAUAGAAUCAUUGUUUUCAAGAUUAUAGUAAUUAACUAUUCCAAGAAAAAUUGUUACUAUGUCGUUUUUAUACCUUAACGAAGAAGCUAAAUAUCAAAGUAUUUCU